CUUUAUUUGCACCAGAAAACAGAAAUGUUAUGCAUGGUGAGUUUGGCAAAUCUUUACAACUGACAUUUCAGCUCUACAGCAAUCCUAUUGUAGAAGAAGUAUGGAUGAAAGGCGCUGACAUUGACUGUAGCCAGAACAAAACUAUUCAUAAUUUAAGAUUAUCGGAAACAAAGCUGUUUUAUUCGGCUUUUGGAAACAAUUUGACUUUCAGCGGAUUUGAAAUUGCAUUUGAGACAAACAUGUUGGAACAUAAGGAUUUUUGUGCAUACAAUGUAUGGGCAAAGAAUGGAUUUGGCGUAAAUUUCUAUACAUUUGAAAUCAGAGCAUCUGGAUAUUUCCAGUACAACAAAAUAGAUAGCAACCGAUUUAUAGCAAGUUUCAGCAUAGCCGCCGUAUUAUUGAUGUAUAUAAUAAUAAUUCAUAUGUGUUAUUGUGCAAAACAGAGACUAGCACACACCAGGCAACGGUUCAUACAUGAACCAGAAAGAACCUCUUAUCACGCUUACGAUGAAAUAACAUCCAUUUCGCACCAAGACUUCAAUAUUCGUAGAUUAACUACUGUACAAAGAGAGCAGGGUCAGACCUCCAGAUAUCAGAGCAGUCACGGAAAUGAAUUUGACACAACCAGUACUAGCAUUCAAAAUGCAAUAACUGAUGCUAUCAAUACAUUGUCAAGAUCACCAGUUCAUGAAUCUCCGGAAAAUGCGGUACGGCACGACUAUUCAUCAGAAGCAACAAUUGAUAUUUCGUUAGCGUCGUCUAACGAGGAGAAUGUUGAAGCCGAUAGGAAUUCUGGAUACCACAGUGUUUCUUCAACAUUUUUAGAUAACACUGAUAUAAUAUUACAGCAAGUCCAAAGUAGGAAUGAUCAAGUAGAUCAAACAGCAAACAUAGAAAGAGCGUCACUAUGUUCUACAAUCAGUGGUGAAUCCAGAAGCGUAUCUAAUUGCACAAUAUCCCUCAAUGUGAAUGUCGAUGAAGGGUACGAAAAUCCAUACCAAAUAGUUGUGCAAGUAAGCCAAGAUCCUCGUCAAUAUAGCGAAAUAACAAAUCGUCGAUUUGAGCAAUUUGAUAGCGCCCCGCCACAGUCUGACGAGCAUUAAACAAAUAUAAGGGACUAUGUCAAUCAUCGAUUGUCAACUAAUACGCAAUUAUCAUUAAGAACAGUGUAAAGUUUUCAACCCUUUUGUUUGUUGAUACAGUGCAUACAAAGAGGCCAACAUACAGUCUUCACUGACAAACAUUCGUCUUUAUACUAUGCCAAGCGUUAAAUCAUGACGUACAAAAAAUGUAUAUAAU